AUGAAAGGCUUCACCUAUCUCACCACCGCCUUCCUAGCCAUUCUACCUGCCCUUGCUAUCCCAACGGGAUCAAGCCUACAGAAAAAGGCAGACUCGAGUAAAGUCGGCUAUUUGGCGGUCUACUGGACGACUGAGGACAAUAGCGUUUAUUUUGCCCUCAGCAGCAACGAUGAUGCUCUAGGAUUUAAGACUAUCAAUGGAGGCAAACCGAUUGUGUCACCUACGCUUGGGACAAAAGCCGUCAGGGACACAUCAAUCAUUGCCGGACAAGGCAAAAACGCAGGAAAGUUCUAUAUUUUGGGUACUGAUUUGAAUAUUGAUGCGACAAAUUGGGAGGCUAGCACGCGCACCGGAUCUCGCGGACUAUUUGUUUGGGAGAGCACUGAUUUGGUCACUUGGACAAAUGAGCGACUGGUGACAGUUGAGGAUGAAACGGCUGGAAUGGCCUGGGCUCCCGAUGCGUACUGGGAUUCCUCGAAAGGACAAUACUUUGUCCACUGGGCUUCGCAAUUGUACUCUGCGGAUGACACCGACCACACCGGCGAGCCUACCCUAAACACCAGUAUGCGGUAUUCCUACACUAGCGACUUCAAGACCUUUACCACACCAGAGACAUAUGUGUCACUCGGCGACACCACCGUAAUUGAUAUGGCUUUCCUGGAAGACGAGAACACGCUCACCCGAUUCUAUGUUACGGGAGGGGGCCCAGUGGAACAGACCAGUACCAACGGACUUUUUGGUGAUUGGACUACGGCCAAAGGAACGAUCGAGAAUAGCUCUGGCUACGAGGCGCCAUAUGCAUUCUGGGAUAACGUGGAAAAUGGCCUGGCAUACCUUCUCUGUGAUAAGGUGGGCAGUGUUACUGGAAACCACGCAUGGCAGUCGACCGAUCAGGCUUCCGGUACAUUCACCGUGAAUGACACCCACGACUUGGCUUUCAUGCGGCAUUUGUCAAUUCUGCCAGUGACCCAGGAUCAAUACGAUGCAUUGUCGGCGUUGUAA